CGCAUCCUAUAGCAAGCCAAUCUCUUCGUGCACUAGCCACCUUCGUCUUGGAACCAUUGGUUCAAUCCUUACUCUGCAUCGGUUUCAAUCAGUCCUCUAGUAGGACCAAGCAUCUCGCAUACUUCCUGAAUCUUUGUGAACACAAUGUCUCGUAACGACGUUGCUCUUCUACGCACCGUGAGGAUAAUCGAGUCUCAGAAAGUCUCAUUUCACAGAAGGAGUUGUCAAGCCGGCCAACACGGUAUCCGAAUCACGAGCGACGGCAAGGAGUGUUUGGGAAAUAUCUUGAACGCGAGAACAAAGGUCACUUGGUCAUAGGAUUCCAAAUGUACUGAAUGCAUUCUUGUUGUACCCACUUUGCCAAAGGGAUAGAAAAAAGUAGCAAUGACGAAAGUCCAGCAUGGUAAAGAAACGUAGUUUGUUUUUCUUAUCUUUGUAUUAUAUUCAAUGAGCAUAUGAUUGUCGUUUCAGAAUAAGAGACGAUCUGAAACUUGAUAAGAGGUGUAUAAAUAGAGUUUGAAUGAUAUC